UAAUGCUGAGCCGCGGUGUACCGAGGAUCUCGCAGCAAAUUCGGAAGAGGCGGAAUCGAUAUUUCACCUCUGCGCCGCGGCGCACCGAGGAUCUCGCGCAAAUUCGUGGAUUUCCUAACGAAUCCGAAAACUUAUUCUCUCUCCGCACACGGCUUUAGGGUGGACCCAAGCGAAUUGGAUCACGGGGCGAAUCGGAUCAUUAUAAGUUUUGAGACAGUUAUCAUUGGUCUCGUAUCUUGUACGAUCUGUUUAAUCGCACUAGUUAUUCCCGCGCCCUCCUUCUGCAGCGAAAACAAUAGACAACGAUUCUGUAUCGCAUGUGAUUCAGUGUCGGUCAUGAGUCAUGAUACCAGGCGCUCAGAGAUCGUGAGUGCGCGAAGAAAUCUUGUUUCUCGUAUAAAGCGACGAUCCCAAUUUUGUGAGUUUGUAUAGUGAAAGGGCUUAAGGGGAAGCUGUGAAUUUCGAGUCGUGAAUUUUAUCGACUGAACCACAACAUUACGAUUUACGAAACGUCAAUACGUCGCUACAUACUGUGAUAUCUUGCACGCAUAUGGAUGUACAAAUUUUUUUUGGAAGCACACUAAUCUUUUAUAUUAAGUAUCCAAGCGAAAAUCUAAGAAAGCAACGUUGUUUCGUCAUGUAGUUUUCUAUUUCCGUUUUGUACAGACUGCAAAAGCUUUAAGUUAAGAAUAAAACAGAUCUAAAUUUCUCGAUUUUUUUUGUUCUCCGCGUAAAGUCGAUCGGUCUGAGUUACAUUUGUGUCUAUACUCUAAUCGUGGAAAAGGAUUUUUGAAUCCGUAAAUGCAAUUGGAAAAAUAGCGUGCUGAAAGAUGUCUCGUUUGAUCGGUAAAACGGAAUAACUUUAGCACCUUAAUAGACUCUUUCAAAGAGUUUAUUCAUUUAUUCUUAUUUCGUUUAAACCGAUGAUCCGCUUCGCCUCCAAUGUUGGGACAAAUCAAACAAUUUUCUUUUCCCAAUUUUUUCGUUGCGUAAUAAAAAAAAUAUAUUCAUGCAUUACUUUAUUAUAUAAAACUGAAGCCAAAGGUGUAAAGAUUAUUAUUUUUUAUCUAUGAAGAAAAAAUGAGCCGAUUCGUCUCAUCGAUCUAUCCCAUAGCACUGUUCUCUCGAUUCGUCUAGGACACCUUUGGCAACACGAACCUGGCCGAGCCAAGCUGAUUUAAAUGCACGCGAGAACGCCAGGAAAAACACCUUGCACCGCAAACGGCGUCGGAGCGAUAUCGCGAUGCCUGUGUGCCGUCGACCGAUGGUAUUCCGCCGCUGCCAUUCGUGCUCGGAAAACUCGAGAAGAUCAUUGAGCUCUCAAGUACACGGCGACGGAAGCCAAGCGGAGGACGGGCACGAAAUUCGAUUUAGCGUGAGGCCCGAUAACGACGUCGCGCAUACUCGCGUCGCGCGGCCUCCGCCUCCACUUCCUCCUCCUCCUUCCUCCUUUUUCUCUCUUUUCUUCGUUUUUUUUUCCUUCCUCUCCCCGUUCGUCGAGGCUUUAUUACGUCCUUUUAUCUUCAUUAGACCCGGGAAGUUUAUUUAUCCGCGUUGCGCUAAAGAACACGCUUUAUUUGUCGCCCGGCUAUACUCCGUUGCCGCCUGCCGCUCCACUCCAAGUUGCUGCUUCCCGUGGUAAUCUUAGCGCACACUUAAUUGGACAUCGCUGAGCGACCGGUACGGAUAGGUGCUUGUCGCAAAGUGCUGAGUUUGCUGUUAGGCCUGUCGGCUGGUUAGUUUCUCGCGAUGUCGCGAUUUCUCCUGCUCUUCUCGCAAGUUGUUCUGCUUGUCUCGGCGAGGGUCUCGUCGGACGAGAAGGAACCGACCUGUCAAAACAUCGACGGCUACAAUGUCUGCCAUUACAAAGGGGUGCUCGUCGAAGUUACGCAGCGCCGUUUUGAAGAUCGAUUGCACAUCAGCGACUUGGAUCUCCUAGCGAUUCGGGAGGAUGCCUUCAAGAACUUGACGGCGACCCAUCUAUACCUGAAUCAAGGCAACCGGAUAUCCGUGGUAAAUAGAGGAUCUUUCCGCGGUCUGCCCAACUUGAAGCGUCUCGAUUUGGACGGCAAUGUGGUAUCGUUGUCGGAACGCUUGUUCGCGGAACUGGGACACCUACAGUCGCUGUCGUUGAUUUUCAACAAAAUCAAUUCGAUACCGAAAAACUCGUUCGCCGGUCUAUCGAAUCUGACAUGGCUCUACUUAGGUCAAAACGAUAUCGAGGCGGUCGACGCGGAAUCUUUCUGGAAUCUGAAUCCCGAGCUGCUGUACCUAUGGCUCAACAACAAUAAAAUCUCCCGCAUCGCGCCGGGCGCCUUCGCCGAAUUAACCGAUUUGAGUCGCCUCCACUUGGACUACAAUCAGCUAGAGAGCUUGCCGAGCGGUGCUUUUCAAGGAUUGAACAAGUUGGAGGAUCUCUACUUAAAUGACAAUCGGAUAACGAGCGUCUCCAGUGUGUUCCUCCGUGACUUGAUCGGUCUGAAGAGACUCUAUCUUCAGCAGAACGAGAUCAGCGCUCUCGAGCCGGAAACGUUCCGGGAUCUGUCUCAGCUAGAACUGCUGCGACUGGAUGGAAACAAACUGUCUCAUAUUGUAGUCGGCACUUUUGCCGGGCUCUCCAAUCUCGAGAACAUCAACUUGUCCGACAAUAACAUCCGCGCGGUGGAUAAUGGCGCUUUCGCUGAUUUCGUCAAAUUGCGAUAUCUCUCGUUUGGUGGCAACAACCUCACCGAAAUCAACAAGGAGUCUAGCGGCCUCCCAGAUAUUACUGUCGUCACUACGCCUUAGGGAUCCGUUUAUAUUUCUACGUAGGCCAAUAUUCUCAUAGUCGAUUUUUAUAUUUAAGAUCGUCUUAAGUAUCUUGCCGUAUGAAGGCCGUCUUAACCCUUUCGCAUCUGCCCGAGGCAACAAUAAUAUUUUAAUUUCUCCGAAACCGUUAAUAGGAAAAUUAUAAAAAAAUCAGGUAAAGAGAAGAAUAAGAUGACUUUAAGGUUUGUCAAAUUUUUUUAAUUUCUGUGAUAACGUAAAAAUAACAAUCUAUUUAUUUCAGAUUCACUAAAGCCUUGUUUAUCAUUAGUAAAAAUUAGAAGUUCUUAAAUAAAUUAAAGUUUUUUAAAAUUUAGAUUUUUUUAAAACGUGUCAAUUUUGUCAUCUUGCUCUCAUAUGCUAGUUAGACGACUUUUAAUAAUGAUUAAGAUGAAAAACAGUCCAGCUAAAAAUGUAUUCUUUUGAAUAAAAAAAUUUCUUGUAAUAUAAUAAUUUUUUAUUAUUUUGAUAUUACGGUGUGAUUAAAAAAUAUGUAAACAGAACGAAAAAUAUUUAUAUAAUCUGCAAAAAUAAUUAUUAAAAUUGUGAUAUACAUAAGGUUGUAUAUUGUGAUUAAAUAUAUUACACUGUGAUUAAAUAUAUGAAGCACCGGUUCUCUGAACUACUAGGAACAAUAAUAAAUGGAAAAAAAUUUUUUUUAAAUAGAUUGAAUUCGGGGUUGAUAGAGGUAAGAUGUCAUAACCCAAUUAACACUUUAAGACAUUGCUUAAGACAAUCCUGAUAUAAGUUUCGACUGUGAAUAUUGCCAUAGAAUGCUUUUGCAACAUAAAAAUAAAUAAAUAAAUUCUUACUCGUGAUCUCGUGCGUUAUGAUAUUUUCGGGAUAUUGUAAUACGAUCUGUAUUUUCCUUGUACUGAGAAAUGCCGAAACUAAUAAGACUAAUGGGACUAAUGGCAA